UCUGAGGUAGCAACGGUGGGUGGGUCCUAGAGGCAGGGCCCGACUGGUCUCAGUAGGAGUCUGCAGUUCUUAGCUUGUGGCCAUUUGGGUUGGACGCACGCGGUGCAGUGCAGGAUGGCGGAUGCAGAAGUAAUUACUUACCCAAAGAAGCAUAAGAAGAAAAAAGAUCGGAAGCCAUUACAAGAAGAAGAUGUAGCUGAAAUACAACAUGCUGAAGAAUUUCUUAUUAAACCAGAAUCCAAAGUGGCUCAAUUGGAUACUUCUCAGUGGCCCUUGUUACUAAAGAAUUUUGAUAAGCUAAAUGUAAGGACAACACACUAUACACCUAUUCCUUGUGGUUCAAAUCCUCUGAAGAGGGAGAUUGGGGAUUAUAUCAGGACAGGUUUCAUUAAUCUUGACAAACCCUCUAACCCCUCUUCCCAUGAAGUGGUAGCCUGGAUCAGACGAAUACUUCGGGUAGAGAAGACAGGCCAUAGUGGCACACUGGAUCCCAAAGUGACUGGUUGUUUAAUUGUGUGCAUUGAACGAGCCACUCGUUUGGUGAAAUCACAACAGAGUGCAGGCAAAGAGUAUGUGGGAAUUGUCCGGCUGCACAAUGCUAUUGAAGGGGGUACUCAGCUUUCUAGGGCCCUGGAAACUCUGACAGGUGCCCUGUUUCAGCGACCCCCACUGAUUGCUGCAGUAAAGAGGCAGCUUCGAGUAAGGACUAUCUACGAGAGCAAAAUGAUAGAAUAUGAUCCUGAAAGAAGAUUAGGAAUCUUUUGGGUGAGCUGUGAAGCUGGCACCUACAUUCGGACACUAUGUGUACAUCUUGGCUUGUUACUGGGAGUUGGUGGUCAGAUGCAGGAACUUCGGAGGGUGCGUUCUGGAGUCAUGAGUGAAAAGGACCACAUGGUGACAAUGCAUGAUGUACUCGAUGCUCAGUGGCUAUAUGAUAACCAUAAGGAUGAGAGUUAUUUGCGGCGUGUUGUUUACCCUUUGGAAAAGCUGUUGACAUCUCAUAAACGUCUGGUUAUGAAAGAUAGUGCAGUGAAUGCAAUCUGCUAUGGAGCCAAGAUCAUGCUACCUGGAGUUCUCCGAUAUGAGGAUAGCAUUGAGGUCAACCAAGAGAUUGUGGUCAUUACCACCAAGGGGGAAGCUAUCUGCAUGGCUGUUGCAUUGAUGACUACAGCAGUGAUUUCUACCUGUGACCAUGGUAUAGUAGCCAAGAUAAAGAGGGUGAUCAUGGAAAGAGACACGUAUCCUCGCAAGUGGGGUUUAGGUCCGAAGGCCAGUCAGAAGAAGUUGAUGAUCAAGCAGGGCCUUCUGGACAAGCAUGGCAAACCCACAGACAAUACCCCUGCUACCUGGAAACAGGAUUAUAUUGACUAUAGCGAUUCUGGCAAGAAAGCACUGGUUGCUAAAGAAGUACAAGCCCCUCAAUUAGAUGCUGACGCAGUAAAAGUCACAAAAAGGAGGCGGGAGAGUGAAAGUGAUGAGAUCCCCCCAGCAGUUCCUCAGAUGAAGAAAAAAAAGAAGGAUAAGAAGUCCAAAACUAUACUAGAAAGUGGGGCCAAGGCUGGAGAUGGGGACAGUGACACCACCAAAAAGAAGAAGGAAAAAAAGAAAGGAAAAGUGGUGCAAGAGCUGUCUGAAUAGUAAAAGUCACUUCUUAAAGGAUUCUGUCCAUCUAGGAGGAGAAAUGAAAGCAUUAUCAAGAAAAUAUUGCUUAGGGAGUAGAACAGAGGUCCCAAACAGAGGUAGAGAGUUCUGGUAUACUUUAGCUGCCACUUGUGACCUCAGUGAGUAGCUGGUGGUGGCUAUCUCAUUCUUUCCUGUCCUGUUUUAAGGAUAUGACAGAUGAAAGCAGAUUCUUGCCACCAAUCCCUCUGCUUGCUUUAGUGAGGAAGCUGUACCUUUAGAUAUGGCACUGCCUAGUAGCCGUCUGCAUCUGUUUCCUUACGGCCAUUUUAAACAAUGCCAUGGAUGGCUCUCUAAUUUACUUUUUUUAAAAUGGUUUUUAAAAAUUAAAUCUGCUAAAUAAAAUGGUAUGAACAUUAUAUGAGUAAAAAUAAUGUAAUUGAACCACAUUCACUGGGGAAAUCUUAUCUCCAGUGUGAUAUGUGCUCUAUUCUGGUAUCAAGUAUGGAUCCUGCUGCCCUGGGAGUACCUGGUAUUGAGGCUACGACUCCAUGCAUUGUUGUGUACAACAGGAUUUAUGCAACUUUAUCUGGCUACUUAUGUUUUGUGUGUGGAAGCCAAAGCAUUCCUAUACUCUCCUGUUUUAAUGUUUAUUUUCAAAGAAUAAUGGAAUUGUUCAUUGCUGGGAGAAUGUUAAUUUGUAGCUUUUAAAAAGUAUUCCUGUUAAGUUUACUAAUUGAUAAUCUUGGACUGGCAGAGCAAAAGUGAAAAUAUUUUAUUAAAAAUCUGGGGAAUCAUUGGUAAUCCUA